AUGUCCAUUCAAGAAUAUAUUAGACUUGCAUUAUUGUUUAUACAGAGUAUUUUCAUUUCCAUUCAACAACAAAGGAAAAGCAUAAUAAUAAAUUCAAUAUUAGAUACAAUUUGUGUUAGGUUAUUUCAAUUUAGUUUACCUCGAAAUGUUAUUUUCAAUCAAACUUUGCCAUUAUAUAUUCUAACCACAAUUGGAAUCACACCUAACAUCCCUACCACAACCACCAACACCAUAACUACUACCAUCCCUGCUGCAAAUACCACCACUACUUCAACUGCCGUAGCAACAGCAACAGCAUCAGCGGCAACAACAGCAACAACAACAGCAGUGGCAAAUAGUAAUAACAAUAUUGCUACUACAGACAAUGCUAUAUCUGAAACAAAUAAUGACAUUGAAACAACAACUCUGACUACUUUAACAACUACUACAACUAAUGCUACUACAAGUACUACCACCACUACUACUCGUGCAUCAAUAACUACAAUUACUAAUGAAGAUCCAAACAAUUCUAGUUCAGAUACUGAAAGUGUUGCUCAAGUUAAAGAAUUGAAGGAAUUAAUUAAAGGUAGAGAAGUUUUAACAUUUGGUCCUGAUGCUUAUGGUCAAAGCAAUAACAAUAAUAAUAAUAAUAAUGAAAGUGAAAUUCUGCCCGAAGUUGCAUCAACAACUCCACUGUCAUUAUCAUUAAAUGGAUUAACAAAAUUACUUGAUAACGAAGGAAAUGAAUAUUUAUUACACCUGAAUGGGUUUGUUACUCCCAUUAUUAAAAAUCAUGACAUUCAAGCAAUUGAAAAUGCUUCUAUGGUUGGUAGUACAAUUAAUGGUAGACAUUUAGUUUUACCUACAAAUGCUGCAGGUUCUCCAACAACAUUACCAUCAUCAACAACUACAACUAUUGGAACUACAGUGUCAUCAAUGACAAGUAGAAAAAGAAGAAGAUUAAAUCAAUCACCAUAUAGAAAUUUAACUGUUAGGAAUUCUCGUUGUCCUAACAAAUUAAAAGAAUUUCAAACUCAAGUAUUAGAAUUGGCUCAAUUUUAUGGGGAUUUAGAUUUAGGUACUAAUAAUAGAUUUGGUGAAGUUGAUUCAACAACAAUAAUUAUUGGAACCAUAAGUCGUUCAAAUAGUUCAAAAUCAAGUUUUCGUAGUAGCUUGAGAAAUAGUUUAGCUAAAGAUGAUAGUAGUCAGUCAUCAAAUUCUCCAGCUAGUUUUCAAGUACAUAAACGUGGUGAUUAA